UGCAUUGUGAGAUGAUUUCUCAAACAUUAACCAGAAGGUGCUGCCUUCUUGCGUUGAGAUACCGUUAUAGAACUAAAUAAAAAUUUAGUCUUCUCUCAGAUUCCUUAUUGUUUGGUUUAAAAUUUUACAAGAAGUUCAUAUUAUCAUCAAUUUUAUUUGUUAAUCUUCAAAUUUAAAGAUUCUUCAUAAUGACGGGUUAUAUUAGAAAACCAACGGUGACGUCAGCACCAAACUUCAAUGCUUCUGAGGAUGGUAUAGCUCUUAGAACAGCUAUGAAAGGUUUCGGAACAGAUGAGCAAGCUAUUAUUGACAUUCUGACAGCACGCAGCAAUGCUCAAAGACAAGAAAUUUCGAAAUUUUUUACUCAGGAAUACGGACGGAAUUUAAUUGAAGAUCUAAAAAGUGAAUUGGGUGGAAAAUUUGAGGAUGUAAUAAUUGCUUUGAUGAUAACGCCUGUUGAUUUCCUGGCUAAACAACUGCAUAAAGCUAUGUCUGGAAUAGGAACUGAAGAAGAGACUCUAGUGGAGAUUCUUUGUUCCCGAGAUAAUAAAGAAGUUAAAGAAAUCGUUGAUGCUUACGAGAGGCUAUACGAUCGUCCAUUAGCGGAACAUAUGUGCAGUGAAACGUCUGGAGAUUUUAGAAGAUUAUUAACACUCAUUGUCACGGGAGUGAGAAAUGCCCAAACCGAAAUCCAUCCAGAACGUGCUAGAGAGACAGCUGAGAUGCUGUAUAAUGCCGGAGAAGGAAAAUUGGGAACUGACGAAGAAAUUUUUAACAAGAUUUUAGCUCAUGAAUGUUUUGGACAACUUCGUCUUAUUUUCGAGGCUUAUAAGGACGUUAGUGGAAGAACCAUUGAACAAGCAUUAAGAGACGAGGUCAGCGGUGAAUUGAAACAUGCAAUGUUGGCCAUAGUGGAAUGUGUACAAAGUCCACCAGCAUUUUUCGCUAAGAAAUUGCGUAAAGCAAUGGAAGGUGCUGGAACAGAUGAUCGAUCAUUAAUACGUAUUGUCGUCAGUCGUUCGGAAAUUGAUCUUGGAAAUAUAAAAGAGGAAUACGAGAGGCUUUUUGAUAAAACAUUGGAGUCAUCGGUAAAAAAUGAAACCUCUGGUGAUUACAAAAGGGCAUUAGUUGCACUAAUCGGAGGAGCAUAGUUCAAAUAAAGUUUUGCGAUAGGCAAACUUUUUUUUAUUCAUUUGACAAAACAUAAAUUUGUUACGAAAUAAUUAUAACUUGUAUAAUUAGAUUAAUAUGUAAAUUACGUGUCUUAAAGUUUGAGAUUCGACGAAAUGUGAAAGUAAAUUAUUUUUUAUAAGCGCAUACAUUUAGGAAAAUUGAUUAACAUUAAUAAAAUUUUAGUCAUGAAAAACGA